GGGCUGUAUGGGAAGUGAAGGAGGGAAUCGGCGUUCACCCAGAGACAGGGGUUUAACGCGCUUACGUUCACACCGUUAGCUAAUCUGACCUGAUUUCUCAUGCAGACAACCCAUCAAUUAAAACCAGUGCAAUGGCCGGGCGGACUAACGCUGGGAGGGGCUGCCGCUAGCUUGUUCAUUUCACUGGUUGUCACCGCAAGAGGGCCCCGCUUAUUGUGCUACAUGUGGGGGCAGGCAGGGAACCGUCCCUGGCUUGUUUGCUGGCUGGUGAACUUCCUGGGUCAGACGCUGCUGCUCUGCCUCCAUUGUGAGCCGGGGGGAGCCCGGGCUGAGCCGCUGCUGAUCCCCCGCCCCAGCCGGGGGGACUUUCUGCGGGGGCUGGAGCCAGCCCCGGGCUCUGCCGCCACCAGCUCCUGAGCCGGAGCCUGCAGAGUCCAGAGCAUCUGCCUGCAGGGAAAGAGCCUGGGGGGAAUUAGGGUGUGAAAUGGACUAACACCCCUUAUGGAUCCUGCCCCAUCGUCCUUCUCACCCUGACCGGCUGCAGAAUUGCAUCCACAUUUCGUUCCAGAUCAGGAGACGGGGCAGGGUAAUGGCUUCCACACAGCUGGUGCAGGAUGCAGCACAGCUCAUUGAGAUGCCGGUGACCUUCGAGGAUGUGGCUGUGUAUUUCACUGAGGAGGAAUGGGCUCUGCUGGAUCCCACUCAGCGAGCCUUCUACAGGGAUGUCAUGCAGGAGAACUAUGAGAAUGUGACCUCGCUGGGAUUUCUAAUUUCCAAACCUGCCGUGAUCUCACAGCUGGAACAAGGGGAAGAGCCAUGGGUCCCAGAUCUCCAGGACUCUGAGGAAAGCGGGAUCUUAAAAGGUGCCCGCACAGCAGGUGACUGGAUAGUGAGUGAGAACGAGGAGGAGAAUCCCUCACAGAAAGCUCCUAAACAAGUGGAGUUGCAUGGGAUGCUAUUGGGAAGAUCCACAGGGGAUGCUCCUGCACAGGGAGAAGCUGGUGGGAGUCAGCUUGGAACAAAGGAGCAGAAGAAAAAGUACGCAGGGAAGGGACAGAGCAAAUCCAGUCCCCAUGAGGGUGUUUCCAGAGACAUCCACAAAACCACGGUCCAGCAGACCGGAGAGACGCAGAAAAUAUGCCAGUACUGUGGGAAAAUCUUCAGCUGCAACUCACACCUCACUAGACACCAGAGAACCCACACAGGGGAGAGACCCUAUAAAUGCCCCGUCUGCAGGAAAAGCUUUGGUCAGAGCUCGCACCUGAUUGUACACGAGAGGAUCCACACAGGACAGCGACCCUUCAAGUGCGACGAAUGCGAGAAAAGCUUCAAUAGCAGCACGCGCCUUGUUGGACAUCAGAGACGCCAUAGGAAUAAAUUCUCUAAAUUCCCUCUGUUGGCUAGUGCAAAUACUGCAUUUCCUAAUUCCUUGAGUAUCCAGCUACCUCUCUCUGGGGUCAGGGGGCAGCUGCAGGUGCCUCUGGUCUGCUCAGUGAAUCUUUGGCUCUGCCUCCAGUACAGCAACUCUUGCUUGGCAGGGAAAGGGCUCUGCUCUCUGGGGCUGAGGGGGAUUUUUCCAGCUGUACCUGUGACUGAGCUGAUGGGACUCUGGGUGGGGCAGCAGGGUGUGAGCAGGGGACUCUUGUUGUUGAUGCAGAUGCCCAUGACCUUUGAGGACGUGGCUGUGUAUUUCACCAAGGAGGAAUGGGCGCUGUUGGACCUGGGUCAGCGAGCCCUCUACAGGGACGUCAUGCAGGAGAACUAUGAGAACGUGACCUCGCUGGGAUUUCUGAUGUCCAGACCUGACUUGAUCUGUCAGCUGGAACAAGGGGAAGAGACGUGGGUCCCAGAUCUCCAGGGCUCAGAGGAAAGGGGGAUCUGGAGAGGUGCCUGUACAGCAGGUGACGAGAUGUUGUGUAAGAACAAGGAGGAGACUCCUCAGCAGGAAGGGCCUGUGCAAGUGGAACCGUGUGGGACGGUAUCGGAAGGAUCCAGAGGAAAUGUUCCUGCACAGGGAGAAGCUGGUGGGAGUCACAAUGGAUCAAAGAGGCAGAAGGAAAAGGACUCAGGGAAGGGACAAAGUAAAUCCACUUCCCAUGAGGGUGGUUCCAGAGAUAGCAACAAAACCACAGUCCAGCAGACCGGAGAGACGCAGAAAAUAUGCAUAGACUGCGGGAAAAUCUUCAGUUGCAUCUCGCACCUCAUGAGACACCAGAGAACCCACACGGGUGAGAGACCUUUUAAAUGCCCCAACUGUGGGAAAGGCUUCGGUCGGAGCUCGCACCUGGUUGUACACGAGCGGAUCCACACGGGAGAGAGACCAUACAAGUGUGAUGAAUGCGAGAAAAGCUUCAAUCAGAGCCCACACCUUAUUAGACACCAGAAACUCCACCUGAUGGAGAGACGCUGUAAAUUACCUGCCUGGGGUGGGGUGAAUACUGCAUUUCCCAGUUCCUGGAGUAUCCAGCUGCCUAUCGCUGGGAUCAGGGGGCAGUUGCAGGUGCCUCCAGGCUGCUCGGUGAAUCUCUGGCUCUGCCUCCUGUAGCAAACCGCAGGCAGAGGAGGAGAAGCCCCGAUCAGUUUUUCCUCAUUGCUGGGCUGCCAGGCCACUUGCCAGCCAUGUGGUGGUCAGGGGAAAGAAGAACCCAACUCCCCAUGACACUUAUUUCCAUGGACUCAAAUCCCUUUCCACAAACCAAUUCCUUGAGCUAAGCCACCUUUCUCAGGGCAGAGACCUGUCUCUGCACCAUCCUCUGGGACUUGGGCUGGGCCUCCCCCAUGUACCGGUGUUCAUGUGGGGUGGGUGCCCCAGAGGCCCUUCCCUUGCAGACUUUUGGAGGAAACCAGAGAGAUCAAAUGUUCGGGGGACUAGGAGAGGAAGAAUGGGCAGGGAACGGGUUGCUGGGAGUUUGAAUCGGGUGAUUGAAUUAGCAAGUGAUCAAGUGCUGAGACUGGAUAACUCUGCACUGGUUGGCCAGAGCUCAUUGCUGCAAAGAAGAACACCAGCUCGAAGGAAAGGAACAAGGUUUUGUGUGCCAGGAUCGUGGUGACUGUCUGCAAUAAUCUUCCCACCCUGUGAGCCUCCAGCAGCUCUGAGACAAGCACUUAGGCAUUUCAGUUGGUCAGUGCAGAAUCGCAGCUCCAAAGAGUCGAUUUCUGAUGUUGGGUUAAAAUGACCUCAGAGCACCCUGGGCUAAAAGGGUAACUCAAUUAUUACAGCGCGGGAGGGGUUCCUCACUGGGAAUCUUUGAGAGAAAUUAGAGACUAGUCAUUUCCUAUGUGCAUUUGGGGUUUGCAACAAGCAGUGGAUGAGUGGGUGUUGGGAAAGGAAUGUGUGGCUUAUAUUUAUCUCUGGGGUAUUUAACAGUAAUUAUGCUGAUUCUUUGGAAUGUCUAAAAUUAGAGUGACUAGUAUAGGUCACUGACAGUCCGGAUCUGUGUCCUUCCAUGUGUCCUUCCCAAAUGAGCGGAGUGGGGCUCAGUGAGGGGUCCCGCUGUGAUGCCACUCUGCUCACUGAGGAAUGGGAUUGACCCUUUGAUGCCCAUUGGCAGCGAGGGCGUUGAUGGGGCGCUGAUCAGCUCUAAUGGGAGGUCACGCAGCACUUGCAGAAGGUGAACAGUUCGUGCUUUUAAGUGGAACCCAUGCAGCUGUGCUGACAGGAUGGAUCCAUUCUUACAGAAACCCAGAGAGUCAGUCUCCCCUUUAAGAGCCUGCGUGGUUGAGCCUGGCUUUCCUCUGAGAGACCUGUGCUGACAGGCAUGUCAGUCUGGGAUGCAGUCACUGGGGGCUAGAUACCCACAGGGUCUUGUACUGUGACACUGGGCAUCACUGCACUGAACUUCUAGCCGCCUAGAAAAUCAUCGGGAUGCACAAAGCCUGAGUUAGGUGCUAAGGGCUCCCCACAGGAUGGGAUUCCCAAAAACUGGCCUGCUAGUUGGCUCCCUGCCUUAGCUAUGUAACGGGAGAUGUCCAGGAGAUGGGCGAGUCCUAAACCCACCCCUCUCAGGGAGUUCAGCACCCACAUGCAGACUGGAGAGAGCCAGCUGUCUGUGCUAGGGCUUCUCAGCUUGUAAACCCGCUUGUGGAGAAAGAAGCUCCCUUGUAACUUUCAGCCUGGUGGUUGGUUCACUCCUCUGGGAUGUGGGAAACCCUCCUGUCUGGUGAGAAGGGAUUUGAACAGGGAUCUGCUACAGCUCAGGCGAGUGCUGCAAUCACUGAGCUGUGGAGUAGUCGGAGGUGGGCUGACUAACACACCCUUGACCAGUGUAGCUAUGCUGGACAAACAGACAUUUAGGAUCAGCUUUUUAUUACUGUCCAUCAGACAGCACAAACUCAGGGGAGUAAAGCACCCACACAGCCCGGUAUAGAUGCCAUCUCCAUCCACAGCCCUGCAAGGAACCAACCACACUCCAGCUCAUGGGCUGUAUCACCUGUUGCACUGAAGCAGCAGCCUGCUGUGACCAGACGGGAGCUUGGCUCCACCAUUCCAGUGCAGAAGUUCACAGACCUAACUAGGUAAAGAGUUUGUGCAUUAGCCGAGCAAAAUGUCAACAUUCAUGCUAAAGAACUGUAAUGAUUACAUAUAUUAAUUACCUUUCCAAAUUGUUUCCCCAGGGAAAUGUUUUUUGUAUACAUACAGACUCACCUAGACUCCACGUGUCCAUAUUUUCCUAUAGUCACGUUUCUCACGCUUAGAUUCACCUAAACACCACUUGUGGCAAACCCCACAUUUAAAAAGGGAAUGGUUUUAAAGCUGCUCUCGAACUGCUUUUUAAAUUACCCAGCUAGGCAGAACCACGGGCAAUGUAUUAAUUCACCUUUUAGUUCACUGUGCUCCUGUGUAGUUUUGAACAAACAUCAGGAACCACAAGCAGCUCUUCAAGACUCUACAUCUGACCUCACUGAAUCAAGUGAUUGUUUCUCUGGGUAUGUCUACACUAUGGGAUUAUUCCAAUUUUACAGAAACCGGUAUUUGGAAACAGAUUGUAUAAAGUCGAGUGCACGCAGCCACAC